AUGCUCUCCACAAUCUCCAAACGUGUCCCUCUUACGAGGUCCAAUUUCAUUUCUCUUCCCGUUCUCGCAUUUUAUACUCCCUAUCCCAAAUCGCGCCUUUAUUCAACUUUCAAUUCCACACGGACAUACUCUACUACAUCCACAUCAACAAGCGCAUCCGAAGAGCCGAUAACAAUUUAUGAAGGCCCAUUUGCAACAGCCGCGAAACGAUUAAAGAUGUUUUCCUUCUCAUCGCUGGGACUCACACUUGUGCUUACUCCAGCGUUGUUCUUAAGUGAUGCUGCUAUUGGGAUAGCGCCGAGAACUACAAUGGCCGCUGUUGCUCUCUUCACAAGCACGGCCUCAACGCUGGCGAUUCACUGGUGUCUGUCACCAUAUGUCGCCCGCGUUAGUGUUCCCAAACCUUCUCUCGGUCAAGUGCCUACAUUAACUCCAGACACCCCAAUAACGUUCGAAACACUCUCACUUACGGCACGACCAGUGUAUACAACAGUUCCACUACGAUCACUCGAACCUUCUACGAGGAUGUUUACUACGUGGAAAGUGAAAAAAGAAUGUGAACAUAUGAUACAAGCAAGAAAUAAGAAAGGAAAAAGAGCUGCAGGGCAGAAAACCUUUUUCUUACAUUUAGAGCUAUUAGAGGGAAGUAAAUAUUAUGAUAAAGGCGGAGGAGAAUUGGCUAGAAUUGUCAGGAUCGGAUGA